GUCUUCAGUCUUUCGCGGGUGUUCAAUGUGAGAAGAUGGAUCCAAAACCAGUCGUUUAAGUCGCAGUUUGACAAAAAAAGCUUAAAUUAUUUCAAUAUAUAGAGACACGGUGUCUAAAUCACGGGAAAGUGUGUGUGUGAUUCAUACUUUUAGUCAUUCUUUUGGAGGUGCUUAAUCAUCAAAAAUGCCUUUCUGGCGCACACUUUUGAUGCUCUUGGGCACUAUGGCACCAUCAAUAGCCUACAAUUUGUCUCCUACACCCAAUCAUAUCCUCGAGGAACCACCGCUAGUGACAAACUUUCCUUCAAGAAAAAAUCAAAGCUCAUAUUUUGGAUACAGCAUCAAUUUGAGAUCCAACAGCAUCAUCGUUGGAGCGCCACGUGCUGCACCAAGGCUUGAAAGUCAACGCAAUAUCCUUGAACCUGGAGCAAUCUAUAAAUGCGAUAUUCAAAACUCAACCUGCCAUCUCUACACCUUUGAUAAACGAGCUAAUGUUCAAGUAGAGGGAAACCCAAUUCAGUCAGAAUUUAAGGAUGAGCAGUGGCUGGGCGCCUCAAUGGACGGAUCUGGUCGGGAUGACAGCAAAUUCGUAGUUUGUGCAUCGCGAAACUUCAUCAACUACACCGGUGUAGAAUACUUUUUACAUGGUUCAUGCCACUGGGUUGAAAAUACAACUGACGCCCAACCUCAAGGAGCCCGGCAGAUUGCACCAUUAAGAAAUUUAAAUCGUCAAGUGAUUAAAGCUGAUAACGUCUUUUUGUACAUGAUGGCUCAAAUGGGACUAAGUGUUCAUGUAACGGAAGAUGGCGAAGAAAUCCUAAUUGGGGCUGUUGGUAUAUACAACUGGAUGGGUACCGUAGUCCGGUAUCGACGAAUAUCUAUCGAUAUAGGUUUAUCCAGACGAGAAACCAGUAACCUUAAUCACCAGCCAAGAUCAGGUCAACUAAAUGCCGGCUUCAGCUACGCUUCAGACAUCCCAAAUCCAGAAACAUGGAACCAACAGAAUUUCUCAUAUUUUGGCUAUGCAGUCAGUUCGGGCUUCUUUCAUGGUUCUGGAACUGGCAAACUUUUAUACAUCGCCAGUGCUCCACGAAUUGACGAGGUUUACCUAUUUGACAUAAUAGAUCAACCCGGUACAAUAGACACUAAGACAAUUCAAAAAUUCUGGACAUUCAAAGCACCUCAAUUUGGCGAAUAUUUCGGUUCAACACUUCUCGUUGAGGACUUCAAUGGUGACGGUCUUCCAGAUUUGGCUAUUGGAGCACCCUACCAUCGUAAGAGCGAACAUGAUAAUGGAGCUGUCUAUACCUACACAAAUCUGGGAAAGCUGCAGUUCACAGAUGAACCUACCAAAAUUACAACAGAUUACGAACUAAAUGGGAAAUUUGGACUGACUUUAGGCAAAAUUGGUGACAUCAAUCUGGAUGGAUACAAUGAUUUGGCCGUUGGAGCUCCCUAUGAAGGCGACGGAGCAGUCUACAUAUUUUUGGGUAGUCGUGAAGGUUUGCAACGAAAACCAGUACAAAAACUAACAUCUCCAGGUGGAAAUCACCUCUUUGGCUACAGUAUCUCCCGCGGAGUCGACAUAGAUGCAAAUGGUUAUCCAGAUAUUGCAGUUGGAGCCCCAGAAAAUGAAACAGUAUUCAUCUAUCGUACGUAUCCAGUGGUCAAAGUGAUAGGCUCAUUAAAUCCACAAAAUCGCGAAUUAGACAUUGGAGAUACAACUUUGAAAUUUAACAGUUGCUGGAAUCUUCAAUCACCAACCACCUUCCCUUCAAAUGUACGAUUAUCGAUAAAAGUUAUUGCUGAUGCUCAAUAUGGAAGAAUAACGUUUCCUGAUGGUGGAAAAGUACAGGAAUUUGAAGUGAAUGUGAGUCCUCAAAAUUACAGCCAUUGCAGAGUAUUUGAUGUUGCAGUGGAAUCUCGAACAGAAAUCAUCUUUAAACCCAUAGAUUUGGAGAUGUCGUGGAAAAUUCUAGACAAUACACCACAAGAAGGAGAAUUUUGUCAAAACUGUGUCUAUCUGAAUCCAAAUGAAGUGUCCUAUGUCAGGAGUCAGGUUGUUUUCAACACCGGCUGCAAGAAUACUCCAUGCAGGGCAGACCUACGCAUCUCUGGAAAUUUAAUAGCUCCGCAACCCUACAUUUUGGGAUCUAAAGGACAUUUCAGGGCUCAGUAUGAAAUAACAAAUCAUGGAGAGGCAGCUUAUUUGCCCAAAAUAACCAUUGAAAAGAGUCCAAGUCUCAGCAUAAUGAAAAUCUUGCCCAAUUGUCUUGUCGACAGCGAUGACAUUAUGACAUGUGUCCUAUCAACAGAACCCCUAUUAAAUGGUCAAAGUCAUCCAAUCACCUUCGGAUUUGAUCCAUCAACACUGGAAGGAUCCGAAGCUUUUAUCAUAGCCAAUGUUUCAAGUACAGGAGAAGAAGAGAAUCCUGAAGAUAAUACCAGUGAAUUUACCAUUGCUAUCCAGGAAAUGAGUGAAAUUGAGAUUGUGGGACAAUCAUCGCCACCAUUUGUCGCCAUCAGGGAUCGAAAUGACCAAGAAAACAUAACACAUGCCCUUCAAUUUUACAAUCAUGGUCCCACAGUACUCCCUGCCGGUCAAGUCAAGGUAAUCUUUGACAUACCAGUUUCCCUACUACGCGGUAACCGAUGGAUAAACUUUAUUAACUUUGGAGAUAUCACGGCUAUUAUCCACUACAAAUCCCACUCCCUCAAUGUUGUAUGGACUCAGAAUGAUACAUUCCUAAUUCAGAAUCCAACUGAAUAUACCACAAGCUUUCCUGCAAUUGCCGAUGAUCUUAAUGCUAUUAACUACGAUGCUUCAAAACUUGGAUUCGAUUUGAAUAUGGAAGGGAACCAUGAUAAUGUCAAUCAACAGGAUGAGUUCAAUCAACUAUUUCGGAAGAAAAGGAACAUUGAAACGACAACAACAUUCAAUCCAUACACCCUAGGAAUCAAGCAGGAAUAUUUAACCAGUACCCGAAGUCUGGAUGAAGCCACUUUUGGCUCGCACAUCAACAAAACGAUAUUUUUGGACUGCAAUCAAGAAGAUGUGGAGUGUAUUAGAGGAACUGUAACUAUUCCUGGUUCAGUUACACCAAGAGACGCUCCCAUUGUUGUAAAACUAACGUUUCCAGUAGAUCUUCAGUCUAUUAAUUCAGUUCUUGAUGAAUAUAGAGACUCUUUAGUACUAAGAGUAGCAUCUCUAGUGACUAGAGAUGAUGAUGAAGCUCAGAAGAUGAUAAAAAUCACAGAAACACCCUCAUACACCCAUUUUGUCCAGGACAUUCCACAAGAGUUGCAAAUUUGGGUGAUUAUAGUGUCAGUCAUAGGGGGUCUUCUACUCCUAACAAUCAUCACCUACAUCCUAUACCGGUUGGGCUUCUUCAAACGCGAGAAGAAAGCUGAAAUUGCAAGACUGGUUCGAGAGAGUCAAAUUCAAGCUGCGAUGGAAAGUGAAGAUGAAGACUAAAUAAUUCCAGGAUUAAAAAAUCACAUGACAGACUCGACAAAAGCAUCCCAAAUAAAACCAGGAUAUCCCUGAGAUGUAGCAAUUAAGGUGCCAUUAUAUAAUGUUAGUCAGAUUGAUUUUCAAUCAAUUCCAUCGAGUGAUAUUUUUAUAGUCACUUUUAAAUCAUCCCUAAUAAUUUUAUUUAGCAAAAAAAUAGUCUUAAACAUUUGAUAAGGAGAUUAUAUUUUAAUUAAGUCACAAAAUCAUUCUUUGACAUUUUAUACAAAGAAAAUAUAGAUAAAAAUUACAAGUUCAAU